AUGCUUUCUAGUUCACCUAGAUGGACAAGUAAAAAUAUGGAAAACUCCGAUGUUGGAGAUGAAAGAAUAUUUAGUAUUAGAACAGAGAAUAAUAAGUAAUCAUUGCUUAAGAGAAAAUAUUUGUUUACUGUCUAAUAAAUAGAUAAUGAUGAGUAAUUUGAGGAUAUUAAUUAACUCUUUGAUGAUAGACAAUUAAAAAUAAUAAAUGAUUUAUCAUUUGUUCAGACUGCGAAACUGAAAGAAAAAGAGAAACGAGUAUAACCAUCUAGAAAAAUGAGUGCUUUGAUUUAAAAAAAGGAAUAAGAAGAAAAAUAACCAAGUUGUUCUUAUAUAAAAGUAUUAACUCAAGAAGAUAGAUUAAGAUUAAUUUGGGAUCUUUUCACAAUGUUUGUGAUAUUUUUUGCUAUUUUAAUAUUGCCAGUAGAUAUUUCUUUUAAUAUUGAAUCAGAAUUCUUAUAAGACUUUAAUCUUUUUAGUUUAGCAGUAUUUACAUUAGAUAUAUUAAUAAAUUUCAAUACAGCCUUUUAACAUAAAGGCUAAUACGUUUAUGAUCGUAAAUUGAUUUUUUUUAACUAUAUAAAAUGGUGGUUUUGGAUUGAUGUAGGUAUUUAAAUAUAUAUAUAAUUAAAGUAUCAACAUUUCCUUUUGAUUUAAUAGUUGAGGCAGCAACUUCAAGUGUUGCAUAAGUAGAUGAAGAUGAAUUAAAUUAAUAAUAAAGUUAGGCAAAAAAGGAUUCUAUUGUAUAAACAAUGAAAUUACUAAGAAUUUUAAAAUUUUUUAGAUUAAUAAAAAUAAUAAGACUUCUGCGUGUUUUAAAACUGAAAUAGCUUUUUACAAAAUUAGAAGAUUAUAUAGAUAUAAGUGGAUCACUAAUAACAAUAUACUAAUUACUUAAAUUGACUUUCAUAAUGCUUUUUGUGGCUCAUUGGCUUGCAUGUAUUUGGCAUUUUAUAGCCGAAUAAGAAAAUAGUUCAAGUGGUUAUAGUUGGUUACAAGCUACAGAACUUAUUGAAUAAUAAUGGUAUAUAAAAUAUGUGGCAUCAGUAUAUUGGGCCACUGCCACUAUGACUACAAUUGGUUAUGGUGAUAUUGUCCCAGUCACAUCUGUUGAAAAAUUGUUUGGUAUUAUAGUCAUGUUGCUAGCUUGCUGUGUUUUUGCUUAUAUAAUGAAUAGUAUUGGAGGUAUCUUUGUUAAAUUAGAUACAAAUGAAAAAACUAUAAGAUUAAAACUUGGAUAGGCAAAUUAAUUUUUAAAAUCUAAUGAAAUUCCUAAAGAUUUAUAAGCAAGAGUAAGGAAAUAUUUAGAAUAUAAAUAUGAAACUGAAUCUUCAUAGGUGAAUGAAAAAGAAGCUUUGUCUGUUUUAUCAUCAACUUUAAAAGAUGAAGUUUUAUAAAAUGUGAAUACAACUCUAAUUAAAUAAUCAGCUUUGUUUAAUUCUGGUAAAUUUGAGAAAGAAAUAUUGUCCCAAUUACCUUAUCUUUUGGAAGAGUAAAUAUAUGGACCAGAAGAAUGCAUAUUUUUAGAAGGAAUAGAUCCUAUUGAAAAAGAAAAUGGUAAUAAUAUACAAGACAGAAAUUUAUAUUUUUUAAAUCAAGGUUAAGUGUUAAUUUGUAUAUAAAAGACAAUUACUUGUUUAAAAAUAAUUGAAGGUGGAUCUACUUUUGGUGAAUUAGGAUUUUUUACAGAUAAACCUAGAAGUGCUUCAGCAUAUACUUUAAAUUUUGUAUAUGUUUAAAUUCUAAACAAAAAGAAGUUUUUUGAAAAAUUAAAACUUAACAGCAAUUAAAAUUAAAUUUAUCUAAUGAAUAAAUUGAUUGUUGAAAUUAAUAAUGAUUACACUCCUUUGGGAUAACGCUGUUUUGCUUGUGAAAGUAUAUCUCACUUUGCUUAUGAAUGCCCAAAACUUCAUUACUCUAUAAAUUCAGAAAAAAGAUUAGAAAUAAUUAAAGAAGAUAUAUAUAGCCAAGAAUAACAAUUAAAAAUAUUUAAUAAAUAAUUUAUUAGAUAACAUAAAAGAAUUAAGUACAACUCAAAAGCUAAUUUGUAAUUAACCAAAAUUGUAGCCGAUGAAAUCAAAUUUGUAUACAAUCAUAAUCGUGAAGGCGAAGAUCAAUUAUAGAUCUUACCUAAUUAGUAAUAUAUUAUAUAAUCUUUAGAACUAGUAGUUUAGAAGAAGAAGAUGAAAAUCCUUUCAAAAUUAUUGAUAAAGGAUAGAUCUUCGAUAUCUCAGAAGAAACUGAAUUCGAUAGAAUGUGUAAUUUCUCUCUUUACUUUCCUAAUUAUAACUAUGAUAAAAUAAUCCUUUAAUAUAAUUAAUUCAUUAAAGAGAAAAUAAAUAAAAAUGAUUUAGGAAAGAAAAACCAAACUAUAAAAUAAAUUACAAGUCAUAGAGUUAGUAGAUCUCAUUCAGCAGAGAGAGCUGAAUAUUUUCAAAAAUUAUAAGAAAAAUGCUUUGCUUAGUAAUGA